AUGGCCUCCAAGACACUGCUCUUCCGCUCCGCUCGUAUCGCCGCCCGCCCCACGCACCGCACUUUCACCACGGUCACUGCCCGUCUGCAGGAACAACAGCAACCUCCCUCACCACCCGACUUCAGCGCCCUCAAUGCCCGUGGCAAUGAUACUGCCCCCGACUACCGUCGUUUCCAGAAGGAACGGCCACUCAACCCGCACAUGACCAACACCAACAGCACCAUCUCCAACGAGAUGCCCAACCUGGGUGCCGACAGCCCACCUCCAGAGCUCAUUACCCAUGUCGUCUCAGACUAUGUUCCCAAGGACUCGCGGCCAGAGAACACCGAGCGCAUGACGGGGGGCACCCAGCAGCCCGCGCCAGAGGGUGGAGUGAACGCGGAGUUGAAUGUAGGUGAAAUCGAAGGCGGCUCCUUCCGCGUCGAACCUCUGCGCCGCACUGGCGAAGACGCCAACACCAUGCGCGCUCGUCUCCUAUACCAAUCUCGGAAAAGAGGCACGCUAGAGUCCGACCUCCUCCUCUCCACCUUCGCCGACCAGAAUCUCGGAAACAUGACACCCAAGCAGCUGCAGCAGUAUGACCUUUUCCUUGACGAGAACGAUUGGGAUAUCUAUUAUUGGGCCACGCAGGAGCCGACGCCGACUUCGAUGGCAUAUGCUGAGGGUGGAGGACCUGAUCAGGCUUCACCCGAGGCACAGGGCAAGGCUCCUGAUGGUGGACCUGUAAGCCAGACAGAUGGAUGGAGAGUGGGAGCUCCGAGGAGCGGUGAGUGGGCGCAGACGGUGGGCACAUUCAAGCCUGCCUACCGCCCUGUGCCGGCGAGAUGGAAGAACAGCGAGGUUCUGAGCAUGCUGAGGAAGCACGUCAUUGAUCGCAGCGCUGGUGGUGUGCAUAUCGCUGGAGGGGAGGAGGUCAAGGACGAGAGCAAGCAGGGAGGAGGACUCGGGUUCAUGCCUGAGCUUCGGACUUUCGACCGAACACAGUAA